AUGCGAAUACUGCUUCUACUCCUGAUACAGGCUGCCGUGGCAGCAGCAGCGCCCGAUCAAUUCCAGCACUGGUACAAACAAUUCCGCUUGCAGAUUGAAUUCGUCCUCAACAACAACUGCUCCGAGCAAUACCACAACUACCUCAACCAAACCCCGGGCUUCGACCCAGAAUACCAGCUCUGGUAUGACCCGACAAAGGGCAGCGCCUUGACCGCGCCUCUGGUCUCUUGUAUGCUAAGCAACCUCCCGGAAAAUGUGAAAGCCAACAUGGCCAACGCAGGCGUCAUCCUCGGCCUCUUGCCGACCAUGCUCUCCAUGCUGGGUUCCAACACGGUCGACACUGCCAUCCUGGCACGGGUCGCAGGCCGACCAUUCCUCUCGCUGUGUUUAGCCCUAGGAUCACCGGCCGUUCUCCCGGACCGACCCUUCGAAUACCCGAACGUGAAAGCACUCCUCGGCGCCGACGGGGUAAAGAAAAGGAUUGCUAUCGCGAAACCGGGCGGGAGGACAUGGAUCCUCAUCUCGGCGCUGGAGUAUAUCGUCGCGUUAGGCGCCGUCGCGAACGUCGCAACCGUCUGCUACCAGCUAGGCAUCCGGUGCAUAUGCAACUACGCGACGGAAGUCACUGCGCAGCCACUUAUCUGGGCGUUCAUCAUCGCACUGAUUCAUAUCGGGGGAAUGAUCGCUCUAUCACUCCGCUACCGCGUCAUCCGACACCCUGUAGUAGAACUACGUAAUACCCGGCUGAAUCGGUUUCGGAGAUAUCUCGUUCGUGAGAUCACCCCAUCGUUAUACGCUACUCCUGUCCCGGACGUCGACGAGAUCGAAGAAUCGUAUCUAUUCCUGUUGUUUUCUUGGUGUGUCUCCACUGGAGCAGUAGUUCAUAUCCUGUAUGGCACGAUGGUGCUAUCCAGUCUAUUGUUUAUUUCAGUUCAAGAUGCGCUCGCUAACGCCGGGCGGUUCCUCGCGUCGGUUGUCUGUUGUCGCGCUGUGUUGGCGUAUGAGCUGGCUGGGCUGAGGCAGGCGAGGGCUGGGAAGAUGGAUAUUGGGGAAGGGGCUGGGGUCCAUGAGUUGAGCUGUAGUUGA